AUGUCUAGGCCAGCAGGAAGAACUAUACUAGCUUCAACAAUUGCUAAACCAUAUCAAGAUGAGGUUAUUGCAGCAGUUAAAAAAUUAAGUUUUAGACCAACAUUAGUUGGAUUUCUAGCAAAUGGAGAUCCAGCUGCAAAAAUGUAUGCAAACUGGACCGGUAAAACUUGUGAGUCAUUGGGUUUUAACUAUAAAUUAAUUGAAGUAAACAAGAAUGAAUUGGAAACUUCAUUAAUAAAAGCAAAUAAAGAUGAAAAAGUUAAUGGAAUAAUGGUUUAUUUCCCAGUAUUUGGAGAUAAACAAGAUCAAUAUUUACAACAAUUGAUAUCACCUGAAAAAGAUGUUGAAGGUUUGAAUUUUUUGUAUUAUCAUAAUUUAUAUCAUAAUAUAAGGUUUCUAGAUCCUCCUCAAAAUCAACAAAAAUCAAUAAUACCAUGUACUGCAUUAGCAAUGGUAAAAAUAUUAGAAUAUUUAGGAGUUUAUAAUAAUAUUUUACAUUAUGGAAAUAGAUUAUAUGGUAAAAAAAUAUUAAUUGUAAAUAGAUCAGAAAUCGUUGGUAGACCAUUAGCUGCAUUAUUAGCAAACGAUGGAGCAACAGUAUAUUCAGUUGAUAUAAAUAAUAUUCAACAAUUUACAAGAGGUGACGAUUUACUGGAACAUAGACAUUUAGUUGUUGAUUUAGAUCAAAAAGAUACUAUAGAAACUUUAGCACCUCAAUGUGAUGUUAUAAUAACUGGUGUUCCAACUGAAAAUUAUAAAUUCCCAAUUAAUUUGGUGACUCAUGGUACAAUAGUGAUAAAUUUUUCAAGUUUUAAAAAUUUUGAUGAUGAUAUAAAACAAAGAGCUGGUUUAUAUGUUCCUUCUAUUGGUAAAGUUACUAUUGCUAUACUAUUAAGAAAUUUAUUAAGAUUAAUCGAAAAUAAAGAAAUAAGACAAUCUGAAAAAGCUGACAAAGAAAGUUAA